CAGUGCCUGACGGAGCGAGACUUGGAUUAGGAGCGACCCACAGAGGCACACGCACACGCCCACCCCACCCACCGCCAGCCAGUCCUGCGUGCGUGUGUUGACCUCUGUGUAUGCGUAAGUGCGUGUAUGUCCCAUCACUGUACUCAUCCAUCCACCUCGAGGAAAACUACCGCCAUGUCGUCAGCUGCCUCCACGCCCCCACCACACACCCACGCUCCGCCCGCCGCCCACACCGCCGCCGCCAUCACCACUGCCUCCAUCCCCACCGCCAUAGCCACAGCCCCCACUAGCAUCACCACCACCACCACUACCACCACCACCUCCGAGGCUAGACCAGGCCUGCCCGACUAUGUGCAGACCCUCACUGUGAGAGACGCCAACGGCCAGGUACGGGAGCUGGUGUUCCCUAAGGGCCUGGACCUGGACCGCCCAAAGCGGGCGCGCACCACCUUCAGCGGGGAGCAGCUGGCGGCCCUGGAGCGAGAGUUCCGCCGCAACCAGUACCUGGUGGGGCGCGAAAGGUGCCUGCUAGCCACGCGCCUCGGCCUCUCCGAGACACAGGUCAAGGUGUGGUACCAGAACCGCCGCACCAAGCACAAGCGGGACCGUGAGAGGGAACACGAGUCCCCCGCCCACGGCCGCCCCCUCCUGCCGCCCAUCACCCCGCCAGCCCCCUUCACCUUCUCAUCCCCCACCACCACCUCCAGCCUGCACGCCUUGCCGCCCAAAGUGUGCGCCCCUAGCCCAGCUACCCUGCGCUCUUCCGUCACCUUCACGGCUGAGCCUCAGCGUGGUGUCCAGCCUGCCGCCCAUCGCGAGGCGAGUGAGGGCAGCGAGGUUCGCGAAGAUGGCAGGGAACGUUCCUGUUCCCCUCAGAGCGCCACGUCGCCGCCCCUGCGCCACAGCUCUCCGUUGGGCGGCCUGCAUUACCACGUGAGUGCCGUGAAGCCUGAGAGUCAAGCACCCACUCACCCUGCCACCCACGCCCACAUGGCCACCCACACCAAUGCCCUGGACAAAAGUCUCAGCAAAACGUUGCCAACUCUCCUGGGAACAUUCCACUCCCUCACCCCUGGAGUGUCUCCUUCAGCAUUCCGCCCACUCUUCCCCCGCGCCCUGCACCACCACCACCACCACCACCACCCACUGGCCCUGCAGCACCACACCCUUGCCCGCCCACACCCUGCCUGGCUGCCCUAGCCUUUCACGUGAGGUCAUUCAGCAAGAGGUAGAGGCGGGUCCGCCGCGCUCCGGCGUGAGUGUAGCGGCAGCUGUGCGACGGAAGGUGGAGGUGUAACGUCCACAACGCUGCCACAAUCCCGCGGUCCCACGCCACACAACGCUCCCGCCGUCGCUCCAUUACCUCGCCCGCCACUUGGAAAAAUUGCUCACCCUAGCGUGCAAGAUUUCCCGCGCUGCUUCUCAGAAUCAUAAUGAUCGCCACAAACUUGGCCAUUAACGCCAAAGUCCUGGCAGUGGUGGUGUAGGCUCGGCCUUUAGUGCCUCGCGAUCCUGGGCUCAGCCUUCACCCUGCCAGAGAUAAACGGUGAGUUCGAGACACAAAAGUUGUCGUUUAAGAAAAACAAAAGGUUUGAGCUUUUAUCCUUAAUGUGAUCCUAAUAUUCGAGACGCUAAUAAUAAUGAUGAUAAUAAUGCUGGUCUUUAAUAUUUGAUGAUUUUUUGCUGAGAACUGUGUGGUGAUACCGGUGUGUGUGUGUGUGUGUGUGUGUGUGUGUGUGUGUGUGUGUAUAGUAUAGUGUAUAGUGUGGUGUGGUAUCGCUGUGUGGUGA